GGGCUGAGAGGGGACUCGGCGGCGUCGGCGGCGGCGGGAGGAGCGCGAGGUCGGUGGGCAAGCGGCAGUGGGGUUCCCUCCGGCUCCGGGAGGCCGCGACGGAGGCCGGGGUGAGAGCCCGGGCCUGAGCAGUCGAACGGAGGUGGUCGUCAGCCUUGCUGGUGCCUCCGUUUUGUGAAGGAGAAGCAGCCGCCAGAGGGUGCGGGAUAUUAGAAAUGGCUACUCCCCAGUCAGUUUUCAUCUUUGCAAUAUGCAUUUUAAUGAUAACAGAAUUAAUUCUGGCCUCAAAAAGCUACUAUGAUAUCUUAGGUGUGCCAAAAUCAGCCUCAGAGCGCCAAAUAAAGAAAGCCUUUCACAAAUUGGCCAUGAAGUACCAUCCUGACAAAAAUAAGAGCCCUGAUGCUGAAGCAAAAUUCAGAGAGAUUGCAGAAGCAUAUGAAACACUCUCAGAUGCUAAUAGGCGAAAAGAGUAUGAUACACUUGGACACAGUGCUUUUACUAAUGGUAAAGGACAAAGAGGUAGUGGAAGUCCUUUUGAGCAAUCAUUUAACUUCAAUUUUGAUGACUUAUUUAAAGACUUUGGUUUUUUUGGUCAAAACCAAAACCCUCAGUCCAAGAAGCAUUUUGAAAAUCAUUUUCAGACACGCCAGGAUGGUUCCAGUAGACAAAGGCAUCCUUUCCAAGAGUUUUCUUUUGGAGGUGGACUGUUUGAUGACAUGUUCGAAGAUAUGGAGAAAAUGUUUUCUUUUAGUGGUUUUGACACCACCAAUAGGCACACGGUACAGACUGAAAAUAGAUUCCAUGGAUCUAGCAAGCACUGUAGGACUGUCACUCAACGAAGAGGAAAUAUGGUUACUACAUACACUGACUGUUCAGGACAGUAGUUCAUUCUUUUUCUGUUCUCAUUAAAUGCAACUAGUUGACUCUUCCUCAGUAUCUUUGAUGUAAAACAAUUUUCUGUGAACUAUUUUGACAAGUGCAUGAUUUCACUUUAAACAAUUUGAUAUAGCUGUUUAAUAUAAAUAAAUUGUUUUUGGCAAAUUCAGCAACAUUCAACUAGUAGACAAAAAGCUAGUUAUUAAUUUCCCUGAUUAGAAAAGGCUUUUUUAAAAAAAAUAUGUCUGCCUAGUCUUUUUUCUCUACCUGCUCUUGAGCUCAUUAAUGUGGCUAGUUUUAUUACCAAGAAAAGAUUGAGUUUGCCUAAUGCAUAUUUAAAGCUUAAACUUUAAAAGUUAUUGUAGAUUCAAAUUGUGUGAACUUGAGUGAUAUUUAUAGUGAAACCUUUGCUAAUUUAAAGUUGCAUGCUCUGUUGCAUUUGUGACUUGUGUUGCUAAAUGUACAUGGAACUGUAUAAUUGGUCAUUCAGCAAAGGAGAACAGUAUCUUGGUUAAUUGCCACUGAAAACUUCAGAAAGGUAUGGUUUGAUAUUUACCACAGAACUGGGCCUUUCUACAGUAGAAUUGGGGUAAAGAAAAUGAUUGUGUUGCUCAUAGUCAUUUAGGCUGAAAAAAAGUCGAAAACUUAUGAAAUAUUGCCAAGAGAUUGUUACAUGUUUGGUCCCUGGCUGAUGAUUUUGUAGUGUAGAAAUCAUAGCUACAUACACAUCUUUUCACAUUUCUUUCUUAGUUGUAGAUCUUAAUACGGAUUUAUGUGUAUUUUGUGUAUGUGUGUAGUUUCUCUUCUUUGCACUUAUCUUUAUCUAGAGAUUGACUAAUACCUCAUUCUGUUUGUAAAACCAGCCAGUAAUUUCUGUGCAACUUUAUUAUGUGCAAUAUUUUUAAAUCCUAAGAAAUGUGUGCUUUUGUUUUCAGGUAGACUUAUUUCUUUAGUUCUGCACUUUUCCACAUUAUACUCCAUAUGAGUAUUAAUCCUAUGGAUACAUAUUAAAACUAGUAUAAUGUCUCAUACAACAUUGUAUGUGAGUGAGAGAAAUAUAAAUAUUUACAACCUGAUAUUCUUUGUUGUCAUUUAAUUGUUAAAAGUUUUUUAUGCAAUUCUAGAGGCAUGGAAGGUGUAUAAGCCAUGGGGCAUAUGUUAAUCAUAAGCUAUAUUCUUGAAGUUACCUUUGACUGACCUGAAAAUCCUGAUAGGACCUUGUUUGAUUGCUGUUUGGUAAUUUUUAUUGCUUUCUUAUCAUUCUUCUCUCACAAAUUUUGGUAGCUGGAAGAUUUUGUUAAUUAUAAUUUUGGUGUAUUUACUUUCUAGGAGCAAGUGUUCUGUCACUAGUUCUUUCCCCUUUAAGCCUUGCUGGGAAAAAGCAGAAACUUUGCAUAAAGGUGUAUUUUAUGAUCAUCUUUAAUUUGAAAACUGUUAAGAAAAUGAAUGUAUUCUGUUAUACUUAUGUACCUCACUUUUGUUUGAUAAUAAAAUAGCCAUAUCUUGAAUUUUGGGCUAAGGAUUACCUGUAGCCUGUUAAACAGAAGAAAUUAAGCCCCCCCCCCCCCCGCAAAAAAACCCCCUUAUUUUCAAAUCAGGAUUAACUUUAAGGUUGCAUUACUUUGAUAUUGUUAGCAUGUGUCCCCUUUUUUUCCAGGGCCUGAUUAUCUUUCUUGUUAUCACUAUCCUGAACUUUUAUUUUGAUCCUCUCUAUUCCGACCUUCCUUUUGGCCAUUUGGCAUAAUUUUUGCAAGGAAAAAUGGACCCUGAAACAUACAAACUUAAGAUACAAACUUAAAGAUACUUAGAUAAUCUGUAGGUAUGUGUGUGUUUGAGUAGUUUGAUAUAAGCAAUUGAAAAUUAGAUCCAUAAUAAACAUAAGAGUUUCUCCAAUAACAGAUUUUGUCUGUUUUAUGAUUUGUACAGAUUGAAUGUACAAAGAUAGAAAAUGGAAAACUUCUAUAUGUGAAGAAAUGACCAAUAAAAUAGCUCGAUCUACACCCCCUACAGAAAUGACUACGUAUAAAGUCUAUCAAAGUGUUUUACUUCUGGAUGAAAUAGUAAUUUUCAUAUCAUGACUUCUAAGCUUGAACUAAAUUCUGUAAUUCUUCAAUAUUUCGGUGCUGGAUAUGUCUUGAAUUGGACGCUAUAAGCAUAUAGUAGGUAUGUGAUGAGAUUAGUUUUAUGAUAAUUCAGAUUGCCCAAGGUCAAGUAAGGAUUUGUACAUUUGUGGAGUAGUUAAUUUUUUGAAAUAGAUUUUCGUUGAGCAGUUAAAACAUACUAGGAAAAUGAAAUCAUUGCUAAACAGAGUAAAGAGGAGAUUGGUACCAACAAUAGGUCUCUAAAGCUUUCUUCAUGUUAAUCUUUCCACCUUCAGUUCCAGAUGGCAGUGAUAACAAAUAAAUCUGCCCUGAUCAGGUCGGCUAAAUUACAGUGCCUUGGGGGAUCUGGCAUAAGUAGUCAUGUCCACGUGGAAAGCAUUAUCAUAAGAGCAUUUUUUUUACUUAGAAGCAACUGUGAUGGCACCAGAAAGUUAUAAGGUAACCUUAUAGGUUACUGGAAUGCUUCUUGUAACCCUUACCCUAAAUCCCUGUAUGUAGGAUGUAACCUAGUAACAAUCCCAAAUCUAUACAUAUGUACAACAGAUAGAAGAACUGGUGAAGUGAUUAGGUGGGGCUAUCUUCUCUCUCUUUUGAUCCUUCUUUCUGUGAUUAUAAAGUGCUAAGCUCUGCUGGCCCUCUUCAGCGUGCAUAUCUCAGGAUAACCUGACCUAUGUGUUUCCUCAGUUCCAAUUGUUAUUGGCUCAAUAAAUCCUAUGCUUUA